UUAGAACUGGUCUAGAAAACGGUCCGCACGUGUCUACGCAGCGAACACGCAAGGAUCUUGACUCGUAAAAGACAUAGAGCGAGUAAAAUUAACAGCUUAAUUGAAAACAACAAGAAAAGGGGCUCCAAUUGCAUUGAGAGGAAUAACUUUCGAUUCCCAAGCGUAUAAAAAACUUCCGCCGCGUUAGAUCCGUCUACUCAGCUCAAUAUUUGUAGUGUAAUAUAUGCAAUGAUUUUUUGAGAAAGGAAAUUUACCGCCGGACAAUGGGCUGCGUUGGAUCUUCCGAGAGGGCUACUGAUGGGCAUUCCAGAAAAAUACGUAAACCAAAACCUUGGAAACAUUCAGAACCUAUCACACGAGCACAACUUAAACGAAUGCGUGAUGAGUUUUGGGACACAGCACCUCACUAUGGCGGGCAAAAAGAGAUUUGGGAUGCCUUAAGAGCAGCAGCUGAGGCCGAGUUAGGUUUGGCACGGGCAAUAGUGGAUAGUGCAGGCAUAAUCGUCACAAGUGAUGAUAUGACAACUUGUUAUGAUGAAAGAGGUGCAAAAUAUGAUCUUCCGAAGUAUGUGCUGAGUGAGCCAAUUAAUCUUCUAAAAGAUGAGUAAGGCAACCAGGGCCAAGUUCUCAUCAGUGCACACAUUGGAGUUUUAUGUAGCAUAUUCUGUAAAAAAAUUCUUGUGAACCUUUCCUCUCUUCUUCAGUCUUUUCUGAAAUGUCCAAAGUGAAGAUAAAAUCCAUUUGUUUCCUCUACCAUGCUUCCUGGCAGUGAGCUCAGUAUUCUAUAGUUUUUGUGCAUUCUGUGAUAGAUAUUGUGGAAAAACAUGCUUUUUGUGAGAAAUUUUAUAGAAAGACUUGUCUGGUAGAUUGAGCCAGAAUUGCCUGGAUCAUGAAAGCUGUAGAAUAACAGGAAAGGCAGAAAAGAUAGCAGUGAUAUUGCUUGCAGUUUCUGCUGGUUUUGUAUGCAUUUGUCUUCUGGUUUAUUUUUAAUUUGUUGCUUCGCUGA